GCCGGCCUCCACUAGAGGGGCGGAGCGGCCGCGGCCAGCAGCGGACAUGGAAGGGGAUUAGCAGCGGCCUGGAGCGGGGACUGGGACUGGGACUGGGACUGGGACUGGGAGCGAGACUAGGAACAGCCGGAGCAGCAGCAUGGGUGAGAGGGAACGAGGGGACGCGUUGUCCUCGCUGGCCCACCUUCUGUCCUACGACAGCCUGGUGCACGCCGUGGCCGGGUCUGCGGGCGGUGUGAUGGCCAUGACCAUCUUCUACCCACUGGACACGGCCCGCUUGAGGCUCCAAGUGGAUGAGAAGAUGAAGGCAAAGUCCACGCCGGUGGUCCUGGCCGAUAUCAUCAAGGAGGAGGGGCUGUCUGCCGUCUACCGCAGCUGGUUCCCCGUCAUCUCCAGCCUCUGCUGCUCCAACUUCGUCUACUUCUACACCUUCAACGCCCUGAAGGAGGUGUGGGCGAGGGGCCAGCCUGCCUCCAACAGCAGGGACCUUGUGAUGGGCUUCCUCUCUGGGGUGGUGAAUGUACUGGUCACCACUCCACUGUGGGUGGUCAACACCAGACUCAAGCUGCAGGGCGCCGUGUUCAAGAACGAAGACAUCCAGCAGACCAACUACAAGGGCAUAGUCGACGCGGUGGGCCGGAUCAUGCGGGAGGAGGGGGUGGCGGCCCUGUGGAGCAGCACCCUGCCCUCCCUGCUACUCGUCUUCAACCCCGCCAUCCAGUUCAUGAUCUACGAGGGUCUCAAACGCCACCUGCUGAAGGGGCGCGCACAGAGGCAGGGCCAGCCUGAGGGAGCCAGAGCCGGAGACAAGCGCUAG